AUGCCUGCCUUCGGCGCCCCAAGCAGCGGCACGCCAGCGUUUGGUGCCCCAAGCAGCAGCACGCCCGCAUUCGGCGCCCCAAGCAGCAGCACGCCCACUUUUGGCGCCCCAAGCAGCACCCCUUCCUUCGGCGCACCCGCCAGCACUCCUGCAUUUGGGGCGCCCAGCAGCACGCUCACCUUCGGCGCUCCAACUGCCGCCCCGGCGUUCGGCGCGGGCAGCAGCACGACGGCGUUUGGUGCGGGCGCCAGCACCCCCGCGUUCGGCGCAACAGGCAGCAAACCGGCGUUCGGCGCGCCCAGCAGCGGCUCUGCGUUUGGCGCGCCAAGCACGGCGCAGCCCUUCAGCAGCUUUGGAGGCGGCACGGGCGCGACGGGCGCGGCCGCCCCCGGCGGGUUCGGGGCCCCGCCUGCGGCCGCCGCCGCCGCGCCGUCCUUUGGCGGCUUCGGCGCGGCCCCGGCGGGCGGCGCGCCGCCUUUCGGGGGCUUUGGCGCGCAGCAGCAGGCGGCCGUGCCAUCCGCAGGCGGCGGCGCGACGUUUGGCAGCUGGGGCAGCGGCGCGGUCGCGCCCACGGCGAGCGGCGCUUCGCAGCAGUCUGCAUUUGGUCAGGGCGCGGCCGGCGCCGCGGGCGCUGCUACUGCCCCCUCGCCGUUCGGCGCGCCCUCGGUGCCAUUUGGCGGCGGCGGCUUCGGCGCUGCGCCCUCGGGCGGGGCGCCCGCGUUUGGGGGCUUUGGGCCGCCGCAGCGACCUCAGCAGCAGCAGCAGCAGCAGCAGCAGCAGCAGCAGCAGCAGCAGCAGGCCCCGGCGUUUGGUGCGCCGGCGCAGCAGCAGCAGGCGCCUGGCGGCGACGGCUUCAGCAUGGGGGCCGGCAACGCCCCCGCUGCCGGCGGCAGCCGCCGGAAGGUCAACGUGCGGCGCGCCGGGCGCCGAUAG